GGCAGCGCUUGGUUCCCUGGCUGGGCAGAGUCGGACAGCAACGGCAGCGCCGGCCCGGAGGACGAGCAGCUGGAGCCCGCGCACAUCUCCCCGGCCAUCCCAGUCAUCAUCACAGCGGUCUACUCCGUGGUGUUCGUCGUGGGCUUGGUGGGCAACUCGCUGGUCAUGUUCGUGAUUAUCAGAUACACAAAAAUGAAGACGGCAACCAACAUCUAUAUAUUCAAUCUGGCUUUGGCAGAUGCUUUAGUUACUACAACCAUGCCCUUCCAGAGCACCGUGUAUCUGAUGAAUUCCUGGCCUUUUGGGGAUGUGCUGUGCAAGAUAGUCAUUUCCAUUGAUUACUACAACAUGUUUACCAGCAUCUUCACCUUGACCAUGAUGAGUGUGGACCGCUAUAUUGCUGUGUGCCACCCCGUGAAGGCUUUGGACUUCCGUACACCCUUGAAGGCAAAGAUUAUCAAUAUCUGUAUUUGGCUUCUGUCAUCAUCCGUUGGCAUUUCUGCCAUAGUCCUCGGAGGCACCAAAGUCAGGGAAGAUGUAGAUAUCAUCGAGUGCUCCUUGCAGUUCCCGGAUGACGAUUACUCCUGGUGGGACCUCUUCAUGAAGAUCUGUGUCUUCGUCUUUGCCUUUGUGAUUCCGGUCCUCAUUAUCAUCGUCUGCUACACCCUGAUGAUCCUGCGCCUGAAGAGUGUCCGGCUCCUUUCUGGCUCCCGAGAGAAAGAUCGAAACCUCCGCAGGAUCACCAGGCUGGUUCUGGUGGUGGUGGCAGUCUUUAUCAUCUGUUGGACCCCGAUUCACAUUUUCAUCCUUGUGGAAGCCCUGGGCAGCACUUCCCACAGCACAGCCGCUCUCUCCAGCUAUUACUUCUGCAUUGCCUUGGGCUAUACCAACAGCAGCCUGAAUCCCAUCCUCUAUGCCUUCCUUGAUGAAAACUUCAAGAGGUGUUUUAGGGACUUCUGCUUUCCCAUUAAGAUGAGGAUGGAGAGGCAGAGCACUAGCAGAGUCAGAAACACAGUCCAGGAUCCUACUUACAUGAGGGAUGUGGAUGGGAUGAAUAAACCAGUAUGACUAGUCGUGGAGAUGUCUUCUUACAGUUCUCCAGGAAGAGGUGAAUUCAAUGAUCUAGGUUUAACUCAGAUUACUACUGCAGUCUGAAAUGGAAAGACAGUUUCAUUAAAUUUUGAAAUCUCAUGCUCUGAAGUCAUUGGAUGCAGGCUGCAUUCACAAUCCAGGUCAGUGGAAACAGCGAGGCUUUAAAGAUGGAGUAUCAAAGGUCCUAGCAACAAACAUGACACAAGGCACAUUCUCUUUGAUGGACAAUUAACUAGGCCUUUUUCUUCUAGUUCCCUAGAUUUAGCACCCAUCUGCUGUGGACUUCCUAUGCAACUGGCUCCAAAGCUUUGUUUGAGAAAAAGGGGAAAAGAAAAAAAGUUUGGUUUCAUAGAUAACCUGGAUAUCCAAUCCCGAUGUUCAGCACUGACAGAAACAACCUCAAAAAGGGUCAAACCCAUUCCAGGGUUAACAUUUCUCUCUCUGUGAGACAGAGAUGCAUUUCACAUGGCUGUAUGAUGAGAAUUCGUGGCUAAGUAGGACUUGGAUACACUCUUGGCAUCUGAUGUUCACCUAUGAUAGAACAUUAUCCUGACAUUUGUAAACUUAUUUAAACAUGCAAAAGGCAGAUCUAACAUAGUCUAGUGUUUUGAAAACUACAACUGUUGCGGUUUUUUUGGCAUGCUCUUCAGCUAAAUCUUCUGAUAAAGCACAUACCUUUACCAAGAGGCAUAAAAUGGCUUAAAUGCCACUGGAAGUGUAUAUAGUUUCAUCUGUCCAUAAUAUUCUAUGUGCAAAUAAUAAAUGGGCUUCCUGUCUAGCCUGGAAAUUUCCCAAGGGCGCACUAAUAAUAUCCCCUGAGUUAUUAGGAAUUGAUGCUAAGACAUUCUGCUGCAGUGUCAACUAUCUCUGGACAAUCAGUCACUACCUGAUUUCUUUCAGACUCCCAAACGUAAUUUAAUCUUUCCACAAUGCUUAUAACUCAGUGUUAACAACCCCAAAACCUUUAAUUCAUUCUCAGAUUGGAGCCUUAGCAGAAGCUAAUUCAUCUAUGGCAUAAAUUCAUGAAUAUAUAGCUACUAACAGAUUCUCUUUGCUUAUAGAGAGAGGAUGUUUGAUUACAUAUAUCUCAAGGUUUUAUUUUGUGGCUUCAGCGGGAAGUAGAAUUGUUCCUAAAUGUGUGAGGAAUUAGGACAUUAUGCCACUGGGGGUACCUGGACAUCACUUUCAUGGUAUUCUGUGACGGGUGUAACUGCCAAGGAUAAUGCCAUGAAUAGCACAUUUAGGAUAAUUUUGCUACACUUCCAGAUGACAUAUAAAUUCCCUCCUCUUUUUCCUAAGACUCAAAGUAAUGCCUUUUUCUAUAAUUUCCCUGGAAGGAAGAAAGGGAUAAUGUAGAAAUAAUACCCAUCUUUAAGCCUAUAUCUUAUGAAAGCAUCACCCUUUGCAAUUUCACAGGAGCAGCUAAUGUGCAGACUUAUAUAAUUACAGGCAAUCCUAUAUCUAUGAGUUCUGUUCAGCAUGUGCUGUAUCUGUAGUGUAUAUUACCUCUAAUCUUGGAAAUGAGAACUUGCAUUGAACGUUUUACAUGUGGCUUCAGAAUUUUGAUUAUGCUUGUCUCCAUUCCAGGUUUUUAAUGGCACCUAAAAUAGAUGGUAUUAGAAAACAUAGUAGAGAUUUUUAGUAUUUCUUAAAUUUCAGUGAAAUUCCUAGUUGUGCUCAAAUUCUGGUAAGUGAGUUUAGAUAGGAAUGGCUUAAAUAUUGGUUGACAUUUACCUGUAGUCUUGGCUAUCAUAUAAGAAGGAUAUAUACAUAGAAAAUAGUUCCAGGGACAAACACUUCUGGAAUAGAAAAUUGAAAAUACCUAUUUAAGGAACAACAAAAACCAAAUGGAAUAGAGAUAGCAUCAUGGAAUGAAAUUAUAUGUAGAAGAGCAUUCCCUUUAAAUUGGGAUUCCAUAUGCUGUUCCAACAUUAAGUGCCAUUAUUGGGAUCUGAACUUUUGCCUGAUUGUCCUGCAUAGAGAGAGUUGCAACCCAAGGAGAGAAAGGGGUAGCUAUUUGGCUCAUGGGGUGAGUACCAAGCUUCUGAAUUACUGUUCACAUUGACUCCCUCCAAACUGAAGGAAGAGAGAUAAUGUGAAUGAGUGUAUUUUUAGGGCACUUCUUUAAAGGAAUAACAAUGUCAGGCAGUUAGGGUAGAAAUAACACCAUUUAUACAAAGGUAUUCCUUUGUCAAAAGUACAUGCAAGGGAAAGGAGAGGGAAGGAGGAAGAGAGAGAGAAGGAAAUGAUAGAUAGUGUACCAAUGCUUAUGAGCAUCUGUAUAAUGCUGUGAAACAGUGAUGCCAUUGCCAUUCCUUCAUCAUUCCAAGUCCAACUGCCUCACAAAUAUUUCCCAUCUCCUGAUGUUCUUCCAUCUCAAAAGGAGGGCAUCGCCUAUUGUGUCUCUUGGAGACCAGAACUGCACACCUCUGACCUUGAGAUCGACUCUGCACAGAUUCUAUCUCUCUUGUCUGUUAACAACUUUGGGAAGACAGGACCUUGUAAAAGUUCAGAGAAAUGAACUGGCCAGGCAGGAGGUAAUGGUGAGAAUGAAACCCAUAGCUCCAACUGGGAGGAGGAAAGUGCAAAUACUCUUAAUAUAUUAAGCUACUUAUGAAUCUAAGAGUAUCCUUUAUGUAAAGAAUUUAAGGCAAAACUCCAGGCUCAUUAUGGAAAAGAAGCAAAACUUGAAAACACUGUUAGGAAAGAAAUCAAGGAAUCAUCACAUACAUUUUAAGAAAAUGAUUUCUUCUUGUGAUAUAUUACUGAGAAAUAGCAUUCUUUAACUAAUAUCAAAAUUUAUAGGUGUUUCAUCUCACGUGGAGACAUAAAAUGAGAAAGUGAAAUAAAAGAAUAUGUUAGAUGCCUUUAGAUCAGAAUAUUUUUAAAGAAAAUUUGUGGCAAGGUUAUAUGUCCAUUCAGUGGGAUUUAUUUUCUAAGCAAGAAUCUUUGGGUGAUUCAGCAUAAACAUGAAAAUCCCAUCCCAGAGCCUGAACCUGCUUGGCAUAAGGUAAUUUACUCUGAAAGAAAAGUAUACUAGUAUAGUACAUAUUCCUUACUGUCAUGUAUAUUAUUUAAAUCUUGUACUUUUAGAAGAUGAUAAUUAUACAUUGUAUAUAUGAUUGUGUGCCUUGCAAUAAAACUAAAA